CACUUGUGGGAGUCAGAGUUACUGUGACUAAUUUCUCUGUCCUCCAACUAAUUUGAGUUUUGAUUUUGUAAGUUACCUACUUACUAGAUUUGGUGGGCUCACAAGAAUUAUUUUUUCUUAAAGUUCCAUCUGAGCAGGUGUAUUGUACAUAAGACAGAGAGGAAAGAAACUGAUUAGAGGGGUUGGAGGAGAAGAGGGCGGGCGUGACCCUCUUAAUCAUUCUUCACUUCCUUUUUUUUUCCUUUAACAAGAUGACUUGGCAACGUCUGGCACAUCCGCGGUAGAAGCGGCGACGCCUCCUCUGUGGAAUUGACUUGCAAUAACCAGCUUUCGCCCAGCUGCACAUUUGUAGCUUCCGUGGACGUAUUAGCAACGGGUAGUCUUAGCUCCCAUUCUCCCAGAGUUGCAAGACGGUUAGCAGUCAUCUGGAAUGCGUUUUUAGCCCGAAUCUCUGGUUCAGAAUGCCAGCGGGUUUCACCUGGGGAACUUUGAAAAAACGCAGUGUCCGCUGAUCCUGGUCCAGGUGCACAGUGAAGAAGCUCAGGGAUAAACCCAAACACUGACCCUUCAGACCCAGCGCAAAGUAGAAACUGAAAGUACGCUGCCGGCAGAUCCUACGGAAGUUAUGGGAACAGCAGAGCGCCCGGCCGGCCCGUGAUGCGUGCCGCCCCUCCAGGGAUGGAUGGACCAGGCGCCGCGUGGAGGACAGGAGCCAGCUACCCACACUACCCUGGCCAGCACAAGCCUGUGGCAACUCCACGGAAGACCGGGGUCUGGGCGUGAUUAUGGGUGGUGUGAGCUCGCUCCUGCUGCAGUCGCGGUCAUGACUACGCCGUCUCCCGCAGACCAUGUUCCAUGUUUCUUUUAGGUAUAUCUUUGGAAUUCCUCCCUUGAUUCUUGUUCUGCUGCCAGUAACUUCAUCUGACUGCCAUAUUAAAGAUAAAGAAGGUAAAGAAUAUGAGAAUGUGCUAAUGGUCAGCAUCGAUGAAUUGAUCAAAAUGAUGGGAACUGAUAGCAGCUGCCCGAAUAGUGAACCAAACUUUUUAAAAAAACAUCCAUGUGAUGAUACAAAGGAAGCUGCUUUUCUAAACCGUGCUGCUCGCAAGUUGAAGCAAUUUCUCAAAAUGAAUAUUAGUGAAGCUUUCAAUACCCACUUACAAAGAGUUUCACGAGGCACACUAGAAGUGGUGAACUGCACCAGCAAGGAAGAAAAAAAUUUAAAGGAACAGAAAAAGAAUGACUCAUGUUUCCUAAAGAAACUAUUGAAAGAAAUAAAAACUUGUUGGAAUAAGAUUUUGAACAGCAAAACAUAAACAUCGGAUCCAUGGUUGCAACCUCCAAGAAUGUACCAGUUUAUGCAGUUAUGAGGGAUUGAAAUGCUCCCUGAAGUUGCUGAAUGCCUCCCAUCAGAUGACAAGAGCAACUGAGAAAUCCACAUUGUGGUGUCAGAAGAUGGACAUAAGCAAUGGGACUGAUUGAUGCAGUCAGCUGUGCACGUCAUACACAAGGACAUAGAGAAACUGCAUCAAUUUUGCAAAAUCGAGCAUUUCAGAAGACUGCAAUAAUACUUUUUAAACCUGUCCAAAUAUUUCAAAAGACCUCAAAUCUAUGAAUAUAAUGGUUAAAAAUUUAAAUUACUGUUGUUUAUCAAAAUAAUUUUAUGGCCCACUGUGCGUCAGUCAGUAUAUGAAGAGUGGAAACCAACAUCUUGCACUCUGGAGAUAUUAGAAGACUUACAGUGAUGGACAACGCUCAUGAGAACGUGAGAGUCACAUACUUUAAAGCAGUAUCAAAAAGCUGUUCAAGAUAUUUAAGACAGAUAUCAAGAGAUGCACUUAAACAUGAAUGUGUAACACGAUGCCUUCAGUAAACAGUAUAGCAGGUAUUUUUCAAUAAAAAUAAAGCAUAAUUUCAAAAAAAUAGAAAUGUACUUAGUCUAAGGAUGCUAAACAUUAGUAUUGUUACUUUUGUCACUUAUGUAUAAUGAUUUGUCUUACUGAAUUUUCAA